AUGGCUUUCUCGGGCGCAUUGACGCUCACGGAUCUGAAUGACUUCAUCACGCCGUCCCAGGCUUGUAUAAAGCCAGUUGAACAGACGAACAAGCCGGCGGAGAAAGACCCAGGCGCAGCUUCAACGCAGAUCCAGGUCGACUCAAGCGGAUCCUAUUACGAGGUUACGUCCGAUGGGCCACAACAGGCGGGGAAGAGACUUGAGACAGCGCAGAUCAGCCUGAACGACUGUCUUGCAUGUAGUGGUUGCAUUACCUCGGCCGAAUCCGUCCUGAUUACAAUGCAAUCCCAUACCGAAGUCCUCAACUUCCUCAGCGACAACCCGGACCGCUCCUCUCCCUCCCACAAAACCCCUGUCUUGUCCAUCUCUCCACAAAGUCUUGCUUCGCUCGCUGCCUCCGUGUCUUCGAGCAGUUCGCAGCCCGUCGAUUUGUCACACGUACUCCACCGAGUCCGGGCGUUUUGCACGGAGGCGUUGGGCUUCGAGCAUGUGUUUGACACCACCUUCGCGCGCCAUAUUGCGCUCAUGGAGCAUGCAAGAGAGUUCCAGGAACGCAAGCGCGGGCAGGGCAAGCUGCCGAUGCUCGCCAGUGCCUGUCCGGGGUGGAUAUGUUACGCCGAGAAGACGCACGCAGAGAUGCUGCCAUUCAUCAGCACGACGAAGAGCCCCCAGCAAGUCAUGGGUACGCUGGUGAAGGAGUGGAUGGGCGGGAAGUGGGGCAAGAAGUCUGAUCAGAUAUACCACGUCACGGUCAUGCCGUGCUACGACAAGAAGCUAGAGGCGUCCCGGCAGGACUUCUACAACGAGCAGUACGCGACACGGGACGUCGACUGCGUCAUCACGACAGGCGAGCUCGAGCUGCUGAUGCGCGAGAAGAACUGGGACCUAUCGAUGGCCGUCGGCGGCGAGCACGCGCGAACGCACGCGUCCACGCUCGCGCCUUCGCCAUCAACCCCACCACCAUCGUCAAUGUCCCCCGCGCCCCCGCUCGGUCCCGGAGAUGGCUUCGAGAUUGAGUUGCCAGAGCUGAUCGCGCACCCAGGCACGAGCUCCGGAUCUUAUCUGCAAUCGGUGAUCUCGACGGCGGGCGACGCGUCCGCGUGCGAGACCGCGGUGCGCACCGUGCGCGGCGCGGACUACGAGGAGCACACGGUCACGGAGCGCGCGUCGGGCGCGGUGCUCUUCAAGGGCGCGAAGUGCUACGGCUUCCGGAACCUCCAGAACGUCGUCAGGAAGGUCGGCCGCGAGGCGGGCGUCCAGGUCGGGCGAGGCGCGGCGGGGCGGAUGGCCGCGGUGCGCGCACGCGGACGGGCGAGGAAGACGGGGGCGGACGGGGCCGCGGCGGAGCCGGACAAGGGCUACGAUUACGUUGAGGUCAUGGCUUGUCCCGGAGGCUGCGUGAACGGGGGCGGCCAGCUGCGGCCACCCGUGCCGGAGAGGAUGCGGAGGGGUAUUCCAGGGAUUGGGCACAGAACGGCGUGAAGGCCGACGAGGACGGUGACACGACCGUAUCAGGGCCGAAGGCUAACUGGGGGAGCAAGGAGUGGACGAAGAAGGUCGAGAGGCGUACUGGGGCGGACUGCCCACGCCGCCGCCGACGCCUCCGAAUGCUGAGCCGGGCGAACCCAAGGGCGUAAGUCUGCGGCCGUCGGCUUAUACAGACAUGUUCGCUCUGCAGAUCCUGGUCGACCUCUGCAAGCCUGUGGUGAUGCAAUCUCCGACAUCGAGUUGGCACACUACUAUGGACGAUGAGGCUGAGGAGCGGAGGCGGAAGCUGUUCCGAACACAAUACCGAGCUGUUGAAGCGAAGUCGUCGGACUCGCCGUAAAAUGGUAGAUUACCUCGUACUCAUACACUGCGGACAUUGCACAAAGGGUAUAGUAAUCAUUCAAUGAUUAUUGGUAGAGAAGAUGACGAGGACCAUAAUGGUGUUGUUACAGGAUGGCUUGCGUGAU